AUGAAGCUAAGCCUUUGUAGCGUCCUUUUUGCAUUCGUCCUGUGCUCCCUUUGCGGGGUAUCCAGGGGAAUAAAUGAAGAAGGGCAAAAGGGCGGAGUAAAAAACGAGUUGGGGAAUGUAACAAUAGAAGUCCUGCCAGCUGACGAUGAUAAUGACGAUUCGGAGUUAACCAAUUAUUUGUUGGACGAACUGAUGGGGAAUACCGAGGAGAGUGGGCAAUUGUGA